AUGAUCUUCAACCUCUCUAAAGUCUUCGUUGCCGUCCUGACCGCCACUGCUGUCGCUGCCUCGAAGUCUCAUGUGAAUCGGAAGCGCCAGACGGAUUUGACGGCUUGCGACUUUGUCUUCAAGCCCGACACUACCGUUGAUUCGACUACCACUGACCUCGUCCCCGAGUUUAACUAUGUAAUUGGACGUUCGCUCGCCCUCGAAACCGGAGGCGGCAUCUUCAACGAUGGAUCAAGCUUCGCUGAGAACCCAGACCAACUCUUCAGUGUCCACGACGAAGUGUCUGCCGAUGGAAAGACUCGAGAAGAGACUGCUGCCAUUAUCAAUGGAUGGGCUGGACAGACCAAGGAAGGACUUGUUGCCAACUGGUUCGUCGAGUCGGUCUCCUGCGCUUGA